CCGUAGAGAACUGCUGUGACGUCUGCAGUCUGCACUCCGUGGCUGUGUUCAGUGGAAGGAAGGAUAGUGCAGGAAUCUGUUCAUAAAAUGGAAACGUUGUACAGUCUCCCUUUCACUGUGUUGGAAUGUCCAAACAUAAAGCUCAAGAAACCGUCAUGGCUACAUAUGCCAUCUGCUAUGACAGUGUAUGCGGCGGUCAUUGUGUCUUAUUUUCUCAUCACCGGAGGCAUCAUUUAUGAUGUGAUUGUGGAACCACCAAGUGUCGGCUCUAUGACUGAUGAGCAUGGACAUCAGAGACCCGUGGCUUUCUUGGCCUACAGGGUGAACGGGCAGUACAUCAUGGAGGGUCUGGCCUCGAGCUUCCUCUUCACCAUGGGUGGCCUGGGCUUCAUCAUCCUGGACCGCUCCAACGCGCCCAACAUCCCGAAGCUGAACCGCUUCCUGCUGCUCUUCAUCGGCUUCGUCAGCGUUCUCCUCAGCUUCUUCAUGGCCCGCGUCUUCAUGAGGAUGAAGCUCCCUGGUUACCUCAUGGGCUAGUGCGCCAUCGCCGCGCCAUAUUGAAUUUCAUUCAGUUUGAAGAGUUGCUGCAAUCACAGAGGCAGCAUCAGUGCCAUGGAAGACUGUUUGUGAUCAAGAGUGUGUGUGUGUGUGUGUGUGUGUGUGUGUGUGUGUGUGUGUGUGUGCGCAUUUGUGUGUGUGUGUGUGUGUGUGUGUGUGUGUGUGUGUGUGUGUGUGUUAAAUGGGUGUGGUUAUGCAAGAAGAGACUAGUUUUUCCAAGUGCUUUACUUACUGAGUAGAAUCCAAUUUCUUAUCCAGUAGAUUCAACAGGUUUGACUUCACUCUCAAACUCAAAACCAGUCAAUACGUACAGCAAGUAAGUCAUCAGAUAUGCAGUAGUACAAGUGUUUUGUUGACUGACUUAUGAUUAUUAUCCUGAGUGAUGUUUUGCCACGGGUGCACUUGUUUUUGUAGACACUUGUGUCUCUGCGAAGACCUUGAAAAGUGUCUGUGGGUGUGUAGUCUGUGUGUAUGCGUUUAGUUUUUCUAUACGAAUUGAGAAUAAACAUCCUUUCCACUA